AUGCGUGACUACUUCGUUGAAGACUCAAAGUUUGACGAACCAUUUUUUCGUCAUCGUUUUCGCAUGAGCAAGAGGUUGUUUUUGAAAAUUGUUGAUGAUAUUGAAGCUAAAUUUAGUUACUUUCAAGAGGGGUACGACGCACGGGGUAAAAAAAGUUGCACCGCUCUUCAAAAGUGCACAUCGGCGAUCAAGCAACUGUCUACGGGUGAACCUUCAGACGUGUAUGACGAGUAUUUAUGUAUGGCUGCCAGAACGGGACACAAGAGCUUGGAGUACUUUUGUGAUGCGGUCAUUAAUUUAUAUCAAAAGGAGUUCUUACGUAGGCCGACAUCUCAUGACGUUGCUCUCAUCACACAAUUAGCUCAUGAAGAAAGACACCACAUUCCAGGAAUGCUUGGUAGUCUUGAUUGUACACACAUCUAA